CAGCGAUGCCCAGUGAGAGAGAAGCCGCCUGCGCCGCCGGUCCCCGGUCCUCUCGCCCUCAGCUCGCCUCCCCCGUCCCACUGACAGGCGGAAGCUACCGUGCGCCGCCGCUGCUUCUAAGCCGCAGCGACCUUCCGACUGUGGGUUCGGUAGCCGGAGCAGCAGCGCAGCCAUGUGGGAGUCGAGCCGGGUGCGGCUGCUCUUUAUGCUGGCCCUGACCUUCAUCUUCUUCGUGGUGGAGGUGGUGGUGAGUCGGGUGACCGGCUCGCUGGCGAUGCUGUCCGACUCCUUCCACAUGCUGUCGGACGUGAUCGCGCUGGUGGUCGGGCUAGUGGCGGUGCGCUUCGCCCAGAAGACCCGCUCUACGGACAAGAACACGUUCGGCUGGAUCCGGGCCGGGGUGAUGGGGGCACUGGUCAAUGCCGUGUUCCUCACCGCCCUGUGCUUCACUAUCGUGCUGGAAGCCAUCGAGCGAUUCACCGAGCCCCAAGCCAUCGAGCAGCCGCUGGUAGUGAUGGGGGUGGGUGCCGGGGGGCUGCUCAUUAACCUCAUUGGGCUGUGUAUGUUCCGGGACAGUGCGGGGCACGGGCACUCACACGGGGGGCACGGACACUCGCACGGAGCCAAGAAAUCGCACCGACCCCGGGAGCGAGCAGCGGGGGAAUCGGCCGCCCUGGAUCGGGAGGAAACCAACAUCCUGGUGGAGAACUGCGGGAACUCGCUGGCAGCCGCGGCGGCGGAGGGGAUGCCGGGAAAACACGAUGCCUUGGCAGAGAAUAUCGUAGACGGUCGAGUAAAUGGAAACGUCAUUGAGAACAACUUGCCAGAAAUCCACGAAGAUGGCACUCAGCUUAACAUGCGUGGGGUGUUCCUGCACGUUCUUGGAGAUGCGUUGGGUUCGGUUAUCGUGGUGCUAAAUGCUUUGGUCUUUUACUUUGUUUUUAACCCGUGUCCAAGCGACGAAGGCUGCAUUAAUCCUUGUGUAGAAGACCACUGUGAUAAAAAAGUCAAUGUCUCCGCUCUCUCCUCGAAUCCAGACAACACUUCUUCACCUCCUGAAAUACAAAUGGCUGGGCCUUGCUGGGUGCUUUACCUCGAUCCCUCACUGUGUGUGAUCAUGGUGUGCAUUCUUCUGUACACCACCUACCCACUUCUGAAAGAGUCCGCCCUGAUCCUUUUGCAAACUGUUCCUAAGCAAAUUGACAUAUCGUCCCUGAAGCAGAAACUGAAAAACCUAGACGGUGUGGAAGCCGUUCACGAGCUCCACGUCUGGCAGCUAGCCGAAAGCCGCAUCAUUGCCACUGCGCACAUAAAGUGCCAUGAUCCUACCGCUUACAUGGACGUGGCUAAACGUAUUAAAGACUUCUUUCACGACGAAGGCAUCCACGCCACUACCAUCCAGCCGGAAUUUUCAAGCGUGGAAUCGGGAUCAAGAAUUUCCCUGUGUGAGCUGUCCUGCAGAACUCAGUGUGCGCCAAAGCAGUGUUGCGGGAGCACGGAAAAGAACGUUUCAGGAAAAAAGUCAAAUUGUGGCGCCGCCUCUUUCUCCAGUCUAGGAAUGAUCAGCGAAUCUCCGGAGCAUGCAACCAAAAGGACUAAUGCUUCCGAGAAGCCUAGCAAUGAGCUGAAGGUGAAUGUAGACCCCAGCGUUUGAUACCAAAAUGUUGCUUUAUUUCAUGACGUUUUAGUUUUCUUACCUUUAUGGACAUCGAUUUACACCCCUGUAAAGGGAAACAUGGACCGGCUAGUUUUUAUGAUGCGAUGUUCAGAACAAUUCCACUUGUCGGGACUGUACUACGAUUCAGUUGACAUUCAUAGAACUUUUUAUGUCGUUGUUACAAUUUUAUAUUUUGCUUCACCCAGAACACGCUGCCGUUACCGACGGUAACUGAGUAGUAUUUGCAGUCUCUUAUCAGAGAAUUCUUUUUUUUAUUUACUUUAAUUUAUCUCUAGCUGUUUCGAUGGCAUAUCUAAUAUUUGGUGGCUGCUGACCCUUGAUCAUCUCUCUGCUGCUCAGUGCAUGAGUGACAAGUAACGCGCCUUCGCUGCUUCUCCUUCUCAAGGAUGAUCGCUCGCGCGGCCUCAGUACUUCUUCUAGAUACAACAUGGCUGAUGCUGCCGUACUGGCAAAGCAGCUUUUUGUCGGCCUGCCUGGGAAAUGGCAACUAAUUCUGUCAGCUGCUGUAGACUCAUGCCUUUAAAAUAUAAAAUGUUUUUCUCAAGUUA